AGUAUUGCAAGUUCUAACUACAGGGGGACCAGCAAUGCAUUAAAACAUGAAGUAGCAGCACUAGUAUUAGUUGUCAACGUUUUUAUAAGGGGGGCUACACCAAUUUCGCCCUCAGCUUCAAUGCAUGCUUUUUUAAUUGUAGCUACCACGAAUUUCACAACGACGACGCAAAACACAACACCUGGAAUGAGCAGUGUCACCAUGACAACCGUCACCAAGGCGACCGUCACCAUGGCAACCGCCACCAUGGCAACCAAUAGAAGCACUACCACGACCGCUCCAAAGCCAGGAAUGUCGAUCGAUGUCAUGGCUGCGGCCGUUGUUGGCGGUAUUAUCUUCCUGAUUCUGUUGGGAGUCGCGCUUAUCGUUCUGGCCUGCCGGGUUGGGAGACGGCGUGGCAGGUUGGAGCAGAAGCGGCAAGACCAGGACGUGGAGUCCGCCGGCACACCCAGCACGGACAGCGGCCACGUCUCGCGCCCGCCCACCCCGGGCGACGAGCCGAGAGGAGGCACGGAGCUGAUCCCGCUCUCGGACCUGCCUCUCGGGAAGAACCGCCCGCCAGCCUCGCUGCCGAGAAGCUCGUCCCGCGACGAGAGGGAGUGGAUCCCCUUCGCCCAGCUGGAGGCCGCGAGGACAAACUGGGACGACACCGAACUGCCACCGAGCGACCCGCCGGACGUGGACGACGAUGUCUACGCCGUCAUUCCAGAACGCCAAAACGCUAAGGACGAAGACGACAACAUCUACGACACACCACCUGUCGACCAAGACGGUGGUGACAACCUGUACGACACGCCACCUGCCGACCAAGACGGCGACGACAGCCUGUACCACACUCCGCCUAACGAAGAGGACUACUACACCAGCAUCGGCGAGAGCAAACUGCAGAUCCAGCCAAAGCCGCAAGAGGGCCAGAAGCCGUCGGAUGACGCCAUUGAUCAGAUGUACGCCAAGGUUGACAAGUCCAUGAAGAAAAGACAGACACAUCAGCCUGCCUUAGAGACCAAAGACGAUCCUCCCGAAGACACCGGCAACUACUACUUCACCCUAGAGGAGGCCACAGGUUUGAAGAAGGAAUCAACAAAGGUAGAGAAGGAGAAAAAGAGGCCCGCGACAUGGCCUACGGAAAGCACAGAGGGAAGAACACGGAUUCAGGGGGAAGUAUAG